AGUAGCCUUGAUUUCGCUGGGGAUAAUUCAUGAUCCAUAUUCUCGAUCGCUCUAAAUGGCGGAUAAUGCACUUCCAGAGACAUUGUACGAACGCUCAACGACAGUCCCUGCGGACACUGGAGCCGUUACUUUUGUUGGCUCAGAAGGCAAGAAGUAUAAAUCGCCGGUGGUGCCCAAUUCAAUUAAACCAAUUAAAUCAGACGAAGAAAACCAGUCUACUGGAUUUAACACAACUCACAAUAUGAAGGACUCGCAACUGAUUGAAGAACGAGGCGAUAUGCAAACCCAGGCGCAACUAGAAAGAACCGAACUAAUCGAAAAACAUCUAAACUGGCUCCGCAAUCGCAAAGUUCGACCUUGGAACGAGAGAGCAACUUGGUCUCCAAGCGGUUCCAAGUCGGAUGUGCAGGUAGAGGAUAUCACUUGGGGACACGAUUCUCCAACCUUAGACCGCUCGAUGCACGAUGGAAGCCCAAAGUCCGUCGUUUGGGACGGACUCAAUGCACAGCCAUUCAGAGACGCCCUCAGAUAUCAAAACCAAAAUGGCUCUAGCCGCCUCUCUCACAUCGAACUCGACGUCCAAGGUCUCGAUGCCGACGGAAACCGCCUGCGUGUGCAACGAACCCUCGAAGUAAAGCUUAAAAGCACGCAUCAAGUCUCAGAACAAGGCAACAUCUUGAAAACGACAAUGAAACUUAAAAGGGUGCUGACAAUCUCACCUCUUAACGCAUCUUCGCCCCCGCCAACGAGACCAAAUGAAAGAGAAGUGUACCAAGGACUCCUCGAGCAAAUCGCUCAACACGAAGUCGAUAAAGCGCUUGAUGAGCGGAACCACUAUCUUCGCGCAGUAUUCGGACAGGAUGUUGACCACAUUCGUACUCGUUGGGAAAGCACGAUCCCAGCGCACAAGUGGUCGUUCCAGCUGCCCGAAGUCUGUAUUCGAGGUCCUGAUGGGACGACAAUAGGGUUGAGGGAGAAGAGGACAGAUUCUGCGAGUGGUGGCCAGGUUGUUUUGACGUAUACUGUUAUGAUUGAGCAGGUCCACGGUGGGCACAGAAAGGAUCAUUUGUUUGACUUACCGAGUGAAGGGUGUGAGAGUGAGAGACAGAUUCGUCAGGCGAGGUGGUCGAUUUCUUCUGCGAUUAAUAGGUGUAUUGCUUCUGGUUCUGCGGAGAGAUUUGUGUUGGAUAGGUGGGUGCAUGGUGCUUUGCCGCCGUGCGAGUAAGCAAGCGGAAGGAACCUGGGGAGUGUGUGCCCAACACUUGCGCGUCCUUUCCUUCGGCCGAGGGGUCUCAUGGCGGAUUUUUGGAUUAGUGAAAAUCGUUUUUCCAAAACCCCAAGGGCGGGUGGAUGGGAAGGAGGCUGGUGGGUACUUAUGGUAGGAGAGCGCGGCCGUUGAUUUUGAUAGAAUAGCAAAAAGGCAUUUUUGAACAUGAUGGUCAUUCCGGAAGUUCUACUCCCCACAAGUCGAAAGGAAAUGAACCGGAGGAAAAUGUUUUCAAGUCUUCCAGGUCUCUAAAAACAAUCGAGGUUCUAAUGCGCAUAUAGCUGUUUCCUGAGUAGUGCUCCAUGCCUAGUGCGCUAGGGUAGACGAGGGAGGGAAAACCCCUAGUAUUCCGGUAGUAAAAACGUGAGUGAGGCGUGGAUGAAGAGCUUCAAGCACUAUCAAAGGAAUACACAAUACCACACCUUUGCGUAUAAUAACCAAAUCAUUCAAAAGGC